AUGCUGAAUAAUAAUUUAACAGCUCUCUCAACGACAUCAACUGGCUCUUCAGUCUCGAAUUCAUCAUCGGGUUCUACUGAUGGAAAUCGUUCGGGUGGUGCGCCCAUGUCAUUUGCUGCUGCUAAUGUUGUACGUGGUAUCAUGGAAAAGGUUUUAGCAACCCCACCGAUGGGUUCCGGCAUCGGCUCAUCGUCAUCAACGAAUGCUGCUCGAUUAUUUAAUGAACUGGAUUAUCUAUCAUCACCAGGACUGGAUUCCGAUUUCGGUGAUACAUCGCCUUUACUUUGUGCUGGCUCAUCAACAAAUUUAAGUAAUCAAUAUCUUCGUUUAGCAAUUGGUAGUAAUAAUAAUAAAGAACAACCACUACCACAGCAGCAACAUUGUCAACACAGCAAUUAUCUCUCACGUCAUUGUUUAUCGCAAAAUACUCGAUCGAUCAAUACUCCAUUUUCUCAUCAUCAAUUUACUGAUUUAACAAACUUGAUUGGUUAUUCACCACCGUCAACAUCCAUCGCCACAUCUCAUGAUCAUAUGAAUAUGUUUUCCGAUUCGGACGACAUGAACGAUCCGACGGGAAGUAAAAAAUUCAUUGCUAAACGAGCACAGAUUGACAUGACAAAGCAAGUGACCGAUGCUCGAGCUUUGUACUUCAUGCUAGGCAUCAAAAUGAAAUGUAAAUUUUGUUUUGAAAAUGGUGAAUCAUUUGAAGUUUAUCGGUCACAUAUGUUACGCAAUGGUGCUGGAACAAUUCUUUGUCCCAUCCUUCGUGCUUAUGUAUGCCCAAAAUGUGGCGCGACAGGCGAUUUAGCGCACACAUUACGCUAUUGUCCAUUGCAUCAAUCUCCAGGUAAUAGUCAAAUGCUUGGCAAUGCAUUUGAUUAA